AUGGAAACGAUCAAAAGUCUGCUGCUGCAAACUGCGACCGGCGCCGGUCCGACCAUCAGCACGGAUCCGGACUACGCGGAACCACUCGGGAAGCCAUCACAGGACGAUCCAUUCGCGUGUUCCCUGCUCGGUGGCGUGUUAUCGCCAAUCGCGAUGAAAGUGCAGACGGUGCGUGAAUCGGACGGUGUUACCACGCGCCAUGGAGCAACCAACGGACUGGCGGAAAAGCCAUCGGCGGAAGUCCUACCGGAGCAAACACAGCUCGGCCAGCUGCGCGUUGGCACGGGAAGUGCGGAUUUCAUCCACCCAAAGUUAUCGAAACUCAAGCAACCGCCCGUGAUUGUGGGGGUUGCUGUCAAGCGAAGUCUACGGAAGGCGACGGAAUCGCUAGCUACAAAAGUUACUCCACCUCCGGAGCCGAGUACGCUGGAGCAGUGGCACAAGGACAUCUUCGAGAUGCCGAGUUCCUUGGUGGUUCCACCGCCAGUGCAAUAUAAUGGGGAUCUGACGAAUGAAUCCUUCCAGACUCUUGGAACAACGAAAGAAAGUCCUGGUAAUGGGAUCGAUCCGCCCAAAGGCGUCAAUGGAGAGCAAAAGGCAGCUCUAGAAUCCUUCGAGGACACAAAAGAGAGCGAGCAGACCGAUUUGAUCGAUUUGAUCGACUUCAGCAGUGAUCAGGAGGAACCGAUGAAGGAAGCAACAACGAAACAACACGUGACUGGCCGCGGUCGAGUGAAGAAGGUGACAUUUCUGCUAGACGACGAUCCAUUCCAGCGUGACGCUUCCGACGGUGAGUCCAGCGUGGAUCCUCACGAAGGGCAAGAUCAACUGGACAGUGAGGAAGGCGACGCCAUACCAGACAUCGAUACCGACCACGAUUCGGCCGAUGAAAGUGAUCCUCCCGCCAGCCGAGAGAAGGUUCCUAUUCGCCCCACUCAUCGUCAGCUGGGUAAUGAAAUAUCAACACAGGCUAGGCAAACAGAUGGGCGAGCUUUUGGGGACGAGGCGGUCACGCCGGAGCAGCAAAGUCACGUUGACGGUGGAACCAACGAUGCUGGAAGAUGGAGUCCCCAGCGGAUGCUGCAUCCGGCGGUCGAGGACGACGAUGGUGACGAGUGGGAUCGAGGGCUGGCAACGGAAACGGUCCAGCGCGCAUGCUCCUCUCCGUUACAUUCCGAGCGGGAGCGUCAUCAUCAGCGGCAUCAGUGGCGUCAUCGGGCCGGAGAGAACGGUGGCCCUUCCGUGGAAGCCCUGUCAGCACAUUCCGAUGGAGCACCGCUCACGGAUGCUCGAACUGCGGGUGUGUGUGUUACGAGCGCAUGCGUCGGAACGGAAUCGAGCAACGGCGGACGGCGACGGCAACACGACCAAUACCACCAAAAGGGCCUAGUGCACCUCGAUGGCACCCCCGAUGGCACCCCCGAUGGGCGUAAAGGACGCCCACCCCCUGUGCGAGAUGAUGGUGGUGUUGGUGCCGUGAAGCUUUCCACGACAUCGAUCGAUCGAGGAAACCCGCACGCUGGUAGUGACAUUGCGUGGCGCUGCACGGAUGGACGCGAUUUAAGGGCCAACUUGGCAACGACGACGACUGGUGAAGGUGUUGAACGUGAGGAGCAGACAAGUGAGCGCCUCCACGUCGAACGUCGGUGCGAGAGAAUCGAUGAACGGCGGCGUUACGUCGACGACGACGACGACGACGACGACGACGAAGGCGACGAACAACGGCGAGCAGAACCGUCCAGUAGUCUGUUGCGAGGAUUCGAGUGCGUCAGUACCAGCAGCGACCCUUUGACGGCUGUUGGUUCGUACGGUGAAGAGAGCGAAGUAGCGCAAGCAGUUCCACCAGAGCGCCAGCCUCAGCACCAGCUGGCCGUGGAGCAAACCUGCCCGAGGCGGCCGUGCGAGGAAAAGUCAACCCAGGCGCCUGGAACACCGCCCAAAAAGCGCCCAUCCUCGGAUAGUGAGAGUGAAAAUUACUACGGCACCUGUUCGCCCCCAUCCGAGCAGCGUUCUGGCUCGCGGGAGUGUCCUUCCUGCACGCGGGAUCCUUCCGCGCUGCUGGUGGAGGUGACGCUGAGUGCACACAUUUCCGUGCCCCAACGGCACCAGGACGAGGGUCCUUUUUCGUCGCGAACCUGCCCGUGCAGUGAACACGGACCACGAGUGCUCCGGGAUAGUGCAACCAACACACAGGCAACGCACGGAAACAACCCGUCCAGCGCGGACAGUGGAAUCCUCAUCCUCGACGAUGACGUCGAUGGUGGUGCGGAUAUCGACGACGGUGACGACGACGAUGGCGAUGGUGAUGGUGAUGGUGAAUCAGGUCGCGUGAAGCUCGACGCGACCAACGUUACCGAAGGUCCUGUCGAGCGACGGACGCAGGACACGCAAACGGAAGCGCUCGCUGGGCGCGACACUGUUGACGGUGCUGAACUCCACCCCCAGGGGUGUGUGGGUGUGCGUGAGCGCGAACGGUGCGCGUCCGCAGCCUCCGACGGGUGGUCUGGGUCUGGGGAGGAGGUCCGUGCGCAGGACGACGCACCCGGAAGGGCCUCCGGUGGUUCGGAGGGCUUUGAGGCGAGCCAACGGUUGAAGCGGCUCGAGGAGCGUUUCCGUGGGUUUGCUUACGCGAAAAAGCGCCUGCCCGUGGAAUCUGCGACCGGUGGAUCCUUGCCGUCGCUGCUGGUGUGCGCAGAGCCUCGAGACGCGCGCUCCUCGCCGUCGGACUAUGCCAACACCAAUACACGCGCGCUCGUGUCCCCAUCGUCGCGUGCGCAACCAGCAGCAGCAGCAGCAGCAGCAGCAGGAGUAGCAGGAACAGGUGAGAGUGGACGACGUCGCGGUGCCAGUGAUGCGAACGUGACGCUCCGGCGCUCACCAAUACACACGCAUCGGAGUGUGUCCUCGGAGCGCGGGUUUGGGGCUGUCGCAGCGCCAGCAUCCGAGGUUGCCAGGAGGAACCGCGCCAGUGCGCUGCUAGCGUCGAGAAAAGCCUCGUCCUCGCUCUCUUGUUUACGGCAGGAUGUGGCGCGAGUUGGUGAAGGUGGUGAUGAUCACGACACCACCGCACGCUAUCUGCUAGGUGCGGGUGUUGAGCGAGCUCGAGAAACGACCGCCAGGACGACAUCCUUCAACCGGACGAGCUGGACGAGACCGAUCUUGCCACCGUUAUCCUGCUCGUUGCUGUCGCUUUCCGCGUCUUCGUUGCUGUCACUGUCGUGUCUUGAUCUUGCGCGUCAGUCCCGCCAGAACGUGGCCAGAACUAGCCACAGGACCUCAACGGAGGACCUCGGUGUGGAGAGCGCCCGACAGGACGCGAAUAAUAACGAUCGAACGGGGGACGAAUCGUGUGGGUUGUCGAAGGCGACCUCACUGCCGUUGUUGGUGGUGCCAUCGGGGACAUCGGGCGUUAGUUCGAAGGUGGUCGAAGAGGUCGCACAGGUAGCACGUGGAGGUCAACCACGGGCUGUGGAGGAGUUGCGACAGAACACCGACACACCGGAGAGCAGUGGAGCCGAAUCGGAGGAAAUCUGUAAGAUUUUCCCUGGCGGUAGGGCUCGCAUUAGUGAUCCGCUCGAGGUUGUUGAGACGGUUGUCGUGGGUGGCGGAUCCACCGGAGACGAAGAAGAAGAAGAAGACGAGGAGGAGGACGAAGAGGAGGACGAAGAGGUCGAAAACGAAGUAGAAAUCUCGGCCGCGAUCGCAUCGGUAGUGCAUCGUGCCGUUAUCGGUGAGGACAUUCUCAACAACAACGCCAGUAGUUCGAAGGACGCUCCAGUCGAUCGGUUGCUGCAAGAGCACGGAACGGAAGAAGCAGAAGCCGAAGAGCAGGAGUUUGUGCAGCUCGAGAAGCUGCUAGCGGCCGAUCCGCACACAAACUGCGAGUUCGACACGCGUCACCUGCGAGACUACGAACCGGACGUGUAUCGGAUCAAGUACUGCUACGAUGAGCUCGAGGAGGAGCUAGAGGAGCAACAGGAGCGUGAAGCCGCGAGUGAGCAACUGCUGGUGGUGCUGCGUGGUCCCCCUUCCCAUCCUCUACAUCCUUCUCUACCUCCACCACCCGGUCCACCUCCACCACCACCCCCACCACCACCACCGCCACCCCCGAAAGGGCCACGAGUGUCGCGUGAGCAGGUGUUCCAAAUUUCGGCACCAAGUGUCAGUGACGUGCGGAGCGAUCAGCGUGUGCUAGUGAUCGGUGAAAGGUGCGUUGGUGCGAGUUCCGGUGAAACGAGUGAUCGUAAUAUCCCCCCACCGCCCCCUCCCCCGAAGGGACGCCAAGGGGCGCGUGGGUACGACGGGUGCGGGUGCGUAAUCGAGGCGAUCCCGCUGUACCGGAGCGAAUCGGAGGCGACGGGUGCGAUGCGCGAGACGACGAGCGGCACCCUGCGGGGGUUGCUGAAGAAACCGAACCGGCCACCGCCGGUCCGCAAGAACCGGGUCGUGUUCGAUGAGACGCGCAACGAGUUCUUCGAGGCGGACUACAUCAUCCUGAUACGGGAGGAUUGCCCGUACGACGAGGAGGACGAGGAACCCUGCACCUGCGGUGAACACGAGCUCGUUCGAAUAUGUUGUGACGAAGGCUGCAACUGUGGCUACACGGAUGACGGGCGUACGCCACCGAGUCCGAAGUUUGCUCCCCCGAUCGAGUUUGUCGACCAGGCCACGCUAAGCCCCCCGGAGGGUUACAAAGACGGCAGUGGACUGCUUGACAAUGCACUCGGUGGAGCACUCGGUGGGCAUGUCUUCGGUGCACAACAUAUUCAGCAGCUCCAAGUUAUCCAGCGGCUACAGCAGCAACGGGCUGCCAUGUUGGCAGCCAGAGCUGCUGCUGGCCAGCAGGGACAACAAACGGGCACCGCAGGCCAAGGACAGGUUGGUUCGCAAACCGUCUCCGCCACUCAGCAACAGCAGCAACAGCAACAGCAGCAGCAACAACAGCAGCAGCAACAACAGCAACAGACUGCAGUAUGCACCGAAUGCGCCGAGUGUGCGGAAUGUGCUGCCAAGCAGAUGCACGAUGAAGAAUGUGAUUCCCAGUGUUCGGACGAUAUUUCCCCGAUGCUGGAGGCACCGCUUCCACCUCAUGCCGCGCUUCCAAUCGCGCUCGUGCCCCUGGCGAAAUCGUCGCCAGAGCGGCGCGUUACGCAAAAGGAAAUUAUAGCCGGCGAGGAAAGGCCUAAGUUCCUCACCAUCAAACAGGUGCAGGACUCCGGUUCGCAAGAUGGCGGUGAUGGCAAGGGUGGUGGUGCCGACGACCCGACAGCUGGGGCCGCCCCAAAUCCCCAGCGUUACAUCGUGGAAACGAUCACGAUGACUACGGUGACGGAGCGCCGGAUUGUGGCCGGAUCGAAGGGUGACUCGUCAGCUCGUCCGCAAGGACCGUCCCCGGCUGGUACCGGGGCGGCCAGCUCCGCACCUUCGGCUGCCUUGCAGGCUUCCUCAUCCACCACGCUUUCCACUAUCGUUCCAGCAGGCAACGAAGGCGGUUCGACUGCGGUUCCGGCGGCUGGUGGAGCAGCCGGAGCUGGCCUUGCUGCUACGGCCAAUGCUCACGACUAUCGGUUGCUUCAGCAGCAACAGCAACAGCAGCAGCAGCAGAAGGUGUUGCGAGCAGGUCAGCCGAUGGCAGGUGGCGAAGCUAAUGCCUCGCAGCAGUUUGAAGCGGGCAAACAUAAACCGCUGAGCACAGCACAAGCGAUAAGUGGCAUCCUUAAGGGAGGCAAACUGUGGAAAAAUGAGCAACAACAUCACCCACACCACCAACAGCAGUCUCAGCAGCAACAACAGCAGCAACAGCAGCAACAACAACAACACCAGCAGCAACAGCAUCCGUCUCAGCAGUCUCCGCAGCAGCCGUCCGUGCAGAACGACGACCCAACGGCUGUGACAUCCGACGAGGAGACCAGCUCGAAACGGUCUGUUCGGUUCAACGAGGAAUCCACAAUUCGGGAGGCAUGUUGCGAUGGCGAAGUUCAGUCGGGGUUAGGUGAAGGCGAGCUGGUGCCAACCUGUCGAGCCAUCAACUACAUGUCAGACACACUAAAGCGUCAUUCAUCGGGGUUGUUCCACAACGCACUCCGGCCAAAUUCGGCCGUCAGGCAGUUGUUCCCAAGCAGCGCUAUUCAGCCAUUGCUCACUACUGCCUGCUCCGGAACGGUUCCUGUGGUAGCUCCCGGAACAGUUACGAUGGCUCAAUCGAACGUCCCGACGACCACAACGAGUGCCGGAACCGGAACUAACCCGAUUGCGCACGCGACCGUCCUCACGCAGGAAGCACUGAAGGCGUUCGAUGAUGCAAAGAAGGCUGCCACUCUGCCAGCGGGUCUGGUACACCAGCACAGCCUAACGAGCAACUCGGGCAGUAUGAGCAACAUCCCGAACAGUGCGGCUGCUGCGUUGGCGAUGUCGGCCACGGCAGGUACGGUUGUGCCAGGUGGACCAGGUGAAACGGACACCAUCCGGCGUUCGAUUGAGCGAAACGCACUGAGGCGAUCACUCAUCAAGUAUGAACCGAAGAAAAAGAUCCCCGUGAGGGACGUGACGUCUCUGGAGGAACGCAUCCGACAGCUGACGUGUGACAUCGACGAUCCUAUCGAUGAGUCGAGCGGUGGAGAUGGUCACGAGCAUCCAGGUGAUGGAGAUCUCAGCGAGAUGGAACGUCGAGAUAGCCCAGCUGGUGAGGAGAACCCUCAGCAACCGAAGUACUUGCCCGAUAAGAGCUUUUCACCGAGUUCGUCAGCAUCCAGCUCGAGCAGUGGUUCAAACGGAUCGACGUACAAGAAGAUCACCGAUCUGUUCCAUCGUGAUCGGCGUCAGGAGAAGAUCCCGGAGGCGGACGAGAACCCGAUCGUCAUCAUUCCGCAGGACUGCCGUUGCCCGGCGGGUCCGGACAUUGGAAUGGGUGUUCAAAUUCAGGGUGCACAUACGCAGAUACAUCAACCACCGCAACAACGGCACGUCGACUCCCGGCGGCAGUUCCUGUCGACGUUGGCACCACUGACGGCGUGCGUAGCCGGUCAACGGGAUGAUCUCUCGUACUACACACUGGCACAUCCAGGCGACCGUAGUUCGAUGGCGAGCUCACAGAGCACGGAGUACAGCAUCGGGGACAUCGACGCAGCAUUGCAUGACGAUGAUGGCAAGAAGGUGGCUCCGGAUGUGAUCGCUGGCACACCUGGACAGGAGUCGGACGAGUUGGCGGCGUUCGUACAGCAGGAAGGUGCCCGGACUGAGCGAUUGAAGAAGCGGUACAGCGCGGAGACGUCCACUUCGGCACCGGCUUCUGGUGCAGGAUCAGACGAUGAUGAGCAGAACGAUUAUGGCUUUAACUCGCGACCAUCUGUGCGGGGUAUAAAGCCACGGUUUGGCUCCACCAACGAGAUACUCCAGCAGAUGCAGGCCCAAUUGGCCGUUCCGGCGCCUCCGCAGGUAAAAUCACAAACAUCGACAGCAGCACCCACUCAAGCUCAGCCCAUCCAAUCGAACACGUUGCCGAGGCCACACACGGCCAGCAGCAUGCACGUGGCUGCAGCGAAACAGCAGAUCACAACACAUCAGCAUACGGCCUCAUGGAGUUACUAUCCAGCUGUUGAUCCUGCAACCCAAUCGAAGGGAGUUGCCCAUCAACCACCGCCGGCAGCUGGAACGGUUCAGCAAACGGCCAAUGCCACAGUGGCACCAACGGCACAACCUAACAUGCUUGCAGCAGUUGACCCGCACGGGAACUACUAUCACAUACCGGUGCAGACACGCCAUAGUUAUCAUGGACAGGAGGCGAUCUAUCAAAAUUGCGCCAACUUGCCGCUGGGCGUGCAGGCGAGUGCGGUUCAGGUGCAAUCGCACCAGAUUCACACGCAGCAUCAGGCCGUGCAUACGGCUCACCACAUCCAUCAGAUGACGGACACCGCCACGUAUGGGAAGUUCGCACGCAGCCCUACGAGACGACCAGAGUCACCGCCACCUUUGCGCAAUUACCACCAGACGAUGGUGCUGAUCCCGUACAACGCCGAAACGUACCACCGGUACACGGCUCAGGAGCAGGAGAACUAUCGGCGGCAGCACAAUAUCGUCGAGUACCAGCAGGUCACACAACAGACGAUCCGUGUCCCUGUCGGUUAUCCCCUGCCGGGUAUGCAGUUGCACGUGGUUGCUGCAGGUGCACGGGGUGGAUUGCCGCCACACUACUCGACCCUACCCCGGUUGGGUACGAACACCGCUCCCGUCAACGCGAGCACCGGCACAGGAUCAGCCCCAGGAACGGCACCUCCUCCACCACAAGGCAAACCGCCCGCCUACUCACAGUACCCGAACGAGGGAAAACCGGGUGUGAAAUUUACCGAACGAGGCGCACCGGAAGGAGCGGCUAGCGUGCAGCCUUCCGACGCCAACCAGCUGCUAUCACCCACCGGUCAAGGACACGGACCACCAGGAAUGCCGGUAGGUUUGGUCAGUUCGGUCACAACCACUGCUGGAACGACGGCGGCCGCGGCAGCAACGGGAGCGACCGGAAGUCAGGGUGGUGGUGCGGUGUCUGGAGGUCCUGGAGGAGCCACCUUACCCGGGGGAGCCACCCAGCAGGCUCAGGGGGCUGUGUUUUACGCCAUGAACGUUUGA